AUGGACCGUCUAGUAGGCCCAAGAUGGCUACAAAGCUUUGAACCAUACCAGGACUAUCUCCAGAAGGGCAGACUUGGUGGAUUACAAUACACAGGCUAUGAAAAGGUAAAGGAGACUUCUCUAAGUGCUUUCGAAAAUGAUGAAGGCAAGAUCAUUGUCCAGCCUGGAGAGGCCUUCUGUCGUUGGAAGGAUUGCUCUAUGUCAUCACAUGCCAUGGAAACACGAAAUCUACGAACCCAUCUUCGAUCACACUUCCCGCCUAGACAAGAAAGCCCCAUUGCAAAUGGGCCCACUGGGAGCAUGUCGAAUUUUGAGAAAGGGAAUAUAAGAGGUAUGGGGUGUCUUUUCAGUACUCCCUAA